AUGCACCCCGCGGGCCCCCCGGCCGGCCCGGCCCCGCACCGCGGCCGCCGCCCCCGCCCGCGCGCCCCGCCGAGCCGCCGCGGCCCCCGCGCCCGGCCCGGGCCCGGCCGCGCGCGCGCCGCCCCCGCGCCGCGGCCCCGCGUGGCCGCGAAGAUGGCCCUGCGCAAGGCCUACGCCAUCGAGGACAAGCUGCGGGCCAUCGAGCGCGUGCGGCGCGGCGAGCGGCAGGCCAGCGUGUGCCGCGACUUCGGCGUGCGCGGCACGCUGCGCGGCUGGCUCAAGGACGAGCCCAAGCUGCGCUGGUUCCUGCAGCAGCUGGGCGGCGAGGUGGGCACGCGGCGCAAGAAGAUGCGGCUGGCCAACGAGGAGGAGGUGGACCGCGCCGUGUACGCCUGGUUCCUGGCGCUGCGCCGCCACGGCGUGCCGCUGUCCGGGCCGCUCAUCCAGGCGCAGGCCGAGGCCUUCGCGCGCCAGAUCUACGGGCCCGAGUGCACCUUCAAGGCCAGCCACGGCUGGUUCUGGCGCUGGCAGAAGCGCCACGGCAUCUCCAGCCAGCGCAUCUACGGCGAGGCCGAGCCCCUGGCCGCGGGCCCCGCCGCCGGCCCGCCCGUCAAGCAGGAGCCGGCGCAGGCCGGGGGCGCCGGCGCCUCCCCUGAGCAAGCCCGAGCGCCGGCGGCGCCGGCCGAGGGCGGCUACGGAGACGAGCAGAUCUACAACGCCAACGUCACCGGCCUCUACUGGAAGCUGCUCCCCGAGCACACGGCGCCCCUGGGCACCGCGGCCCCCGGGGGCUGCCGCCCGCGCUCGGGGGACCGGGUGACGGUGCUGCUGGCCGCCAACCUCACCGGCAGCCACAAGCUGAAGCCGCUGGUCAUUGGACAGCUGCCGGACCCACCCAGCCUGCGCCACCACAACCAGGACAAGUUCCCGGCCUCCUACCGCUACAGCCCUGAUGCCUGGCUCAGCCGCCCGCUGCUGCGGGGCUGGUUCUUCGAGGAGUUCGUCCCAGGCGUCCGGCGCUACCUGCGGCGCAGCUGCCUGCAGCAGAAGGCUGUCCUGCUGGUGGCCCACCCACCCUGCCCCAGCCUGGCCGCCAGGAUGCCAGCCCUGGAGGAGAGCGAGGAGACCCCCAGGUGGUGUCGCCCUGAGCCCCUGGGCGCCCCGGAGGAGCUGCAGACGCCUGACGGGGCCGUGCGGGUGCUGUUCCUGUCCAAGGGCAGCAGCCGGCCGCACAUCCCGGCCCCGCUGGAGCAGGGCGUGGUGGCUGCCUUCAAGCAGCUGUACAAGCGGGAGCUGCUGCGGCUGGCCGUGUCCUGCGCUGGGGGCUCCCCGCUGGACUUCAUGCGCAGCUUCAUGCUCAAGGACAUGCUGCACCUGGCCGGCCUCUCCUGGGACCUGGUGCAGGCGGGCAGCAUCGAGCGCUGCUGGCUGCUGGGUCUGCGGGCGGCCUUCGAGCCCCGCCGGGCCGAGGACUGUGUUGGCCAGCCGGCUGGCCAGGCGGAGGAGGCGGCAGAGCACAGCAGGAUGCUCAGCGACCUCACACACCUGGCAGCCCUGGCCUACCAGCGCCUGGCGCCCGAGGAGGUGGCCGAGUGGCUGCACCUGGACGACGACGGGGGGCUGCCCCACGGCGGCAGGGAAGAGGGCGGCCCCCGCCGGCCCCACGCGCUGGCCCCUGCUGCCCCUCCACCUCCAGCCGGCCCGGCCUCCAUCGAGGGGGUAGCGGAGGAGGAAGAGGCUGUUGACCAGUGUGGGGCUCCUGUGCCCACUGCGGAGGAGGCCGUGCGGGGCCUGGAGACCGCUCUGCGGUGGCUGGAGAGCCAGGACCCCCGGGAGGUGGGGCCUCUGAAGCUGGUGCAGCUGCGCUCACUGAUCAGCAUGGCCCGCAGGCUGGGGGGCGUCGGGCCCUCCCUGGCCAUCCCCGACGAUGGGGUGUGACCAAGCCCGCCCCCGGCCCCUCCGCCACCUCUGCUGUUGCACUUGCGGGGAGGGCUUGGCCUCUCCUCAUGGCUCGGGCUGCAGAGGUCCAGGCCAGCCUGACUUGGAGGGCCCGUCGGAGAAGGGUCCUCCUGCUCCUCCUCCCCGGGGGGGCGAGUGCCCAUGUGGGGGGUGUUGUUAUCCGGCCAGCCGGCCGGUGCAGCCCUGCACCCCCCAGAGUGAAGGCCGUGUCCCGCCCUGCUGGCAGGCUGCAGCCCUCAUUUGCACUGGACAGCCCAGCCAGGGCCCUGGCAGCUGCAGUCCCCGCGCCGCCGCUCUCCGGGGAAGCACGCCAAGUCAGUUUUUACAGCCGCUCUCCAGAGGGGCCUGGGGUGUGUCGGGGUGUCUGUGGGUGACCCGGCACCUGUGGCUCCUGCCCGUGCAGCCAGCAGUGUACAUUUCUGCUCCACUCGGAUUUUUAAAAAUUUUCCCUUAGAAAAUUCCAUUCUGAACAGCUCUCUCAUUCCACGGGGUUGUUGAGUGCCUGGACUUGGGCCCUGGUGGUUUAUCAGCGACGGAACGGCUGCUGGGCUCCUCCAGCCCACUCUGGCCACAUUCCUGGGCCCGGGGCACCGCAGUGCCUUAGUGCCCCCUCCGCCUCCUGCACAGCCGGGGGGGCGGCCCCAGCAGCCAGCUUCAGGUGGCACCGUUUGGAAGAGGAAGGACCUGUAUCUCUACACGGCUCACGAUCAGAGUCGUGCCGGGCUCUGAGGCCGAGACCCCCGGUCCUCCUGGGCACUGCUGCUGCCAAAGGCCCCACCUGGAAGAGCGGGCCUGCCCGGGGCUCCCCGCGGAGUCAGACGAGGCUCCGGCCAAGCUGCUUGGACAGGACCUGCCUGUCCACCUGCGCGAACAGGGCAGGGAGCCACUGCCUGCUGGCUUGGGCAGCCCGCGGCUGCCCACCCUACGUGUCCGGGCUGCUCCGGCGCUCCCCCAUCCUCGCCUGUCCCUGUGUUCUGCUAGUGGUCCAGCUUGUGGGGGCGACAGAUGGGCGAACUCACGGGCGGGGCGUCGAGGCCCUGGGGGAGGCAGCCCAGGGAGGUUCUGUGCACUUCCAGGAACAGAAACUCUUUCGCGAAACAGCCUAGUCCAGGGGGAGCUGACACACCUCCCAGACACAAGAGCUCGGAGAAGGCGUGGGGGGAGCCAGAGGCACGGCUGGCCGGUCAGGCCCCAGUGGCAGCCCACAGCUCCCCCCGCCGGCCC